UCUCUGUGUGUGUAGAGAGUCAUGUGGAUCAGUUUGAUAGCCCAAAGCAGCUGCUUUAUUCUGUGUUUCAGAAUGAGCAACAGGGGGGAGGUGUCUGCCUCUCUCUCUCUCUCUCUCUCUCCUCUCUCUCUCUGUCCCUCUCUUUCGCUCUCUCAUUCAGUUGUGUGUGUCUGUGGAGGCAGUCUGCCGCUGCAUUAUUUUUCACCCCCAGCUCUCUGUUGCUUUCUUUUUUGGCAUUUUUUUUUCAUCCCUCCGUCAGUGUCAGCCUGUCCCGUCAGCAGCCCCCGGGGGCCAUCGCUCUGUGCUCUGCCUGGAGUGAGAGAAAAAGAGAGGGAAAAGAGAAAGAGAAAGAACAGAAAGAAUCCAGGACUUGUUUGGAGGAGUUUCCUUUGUAUUACCCUUGUCUUUGAAAUUAGGCAGUUUUUUUUUUGGUUUGUUUUUUUUUGUUCUCCUGAAGGGUUGUUUAGUGGUGUAUCAGGACCAGACUGGUGGCAUUGCUCUCUCUCUCUCUCUCUCUCUCUCUCUCCCUACACGACACACAGGUGUCAAGGCAAAGGCCACCAGUGCUGCCAGUUCAGCAGUCAGGGUUUGAAAUCUGGAUGUAUUUACACUUUAGGCUUCCGCUUUGAGGACGUCCACACUUUUGCUUCCUUAGCCGAUAACACGCUAACUUUUGUGCGCUCCGGACUGGAAUUGUGGGAUUGCGGAGGUCCCGAGGAGGCGACGGAAGCUGAUCAGAAGGAUCAGAACCUAAAAAGAGGAGGAGGAGGAGGAGAGAGGGGAGAACCAGUAGCGGGAAAGCGGCUCACCGCUCUGCCAGAAAAAGGGGGAGGAGAGAGGUAGAGAGACGAAGAGAGAAAGAGAAAGAGACGGGGGUACAGAAGGAGUGAGCGCCUUCAGGAAGGCGGUCGUGUACGUGCGUGCGUGAGGAGUUGACGGGCGGACUGGCCUCGCAGCGGAGGACCCCUCCUACAGAGGCUUCGCCGCGCGGUGUUCAGCGUGUCUGCCAGAACCAAACGGGACAGAACGGACCGGGCGGCAGCCGGACCCGGUACCGGCACCAUCGCGCACGGGCAGCCCGGAUUCGAGCCGCGGUGCUAUGCCGAGGAGCCUGCGGGCCGGGAGCCGCCGGGACCCUGCGGGUCGGAGGCCGACGGUCGAGAGCGGGGCGCGGAACGCGCGGGAAUAACGCCGUCCGUUCCGGAAACGCCAGGAGGAAGGAGACAGGGGAAGUGCGGCUUUUCACUGUCGCUCGCUCUCUGCGUUCGCCGCGUCUUUGACGGGUUCGUUCUUCACCCGCGUGUUGGGACCGUUCUUUGGCAGGGACCGUUUGGAGGCCCGACCGGCCCAUGAGCGCGGGCCGGAAGAGCGGUCGUGGGCUCUGACCGAGGAUUAGCGCGCUAGGGGGGGAUGUGGGCGGCGGGGAUGCCAGCGAUGGGGGUGCCCGCAGUUUCGGGGAAGGGGAAGGACUGGCGCUUCGAGGGCGCGGUGGGGGUGGACUGCAGCGCCCCCGAGCCGCGCUGCAUCUGGCUGGCGGUCCUGCGCGGGGUGACCGCCGGCUCGCCCAACGGGCCGCCCCACGGAGGCGUCCGCGUGUGCGAGCGUCAGCGCCACCAACACCACCAACACCAACACCAACACCACCAACACCAGCUCAGGGCAAAAGGGCGGAGAGAUGGGAUUUCGUCGUCCAACGAGAACGCGCGGCCGGCGUCGGGGGAGGGGCUGGCCUGGCAGGGCCCGCGGACCGUGGUCCUCCACAAGAACUCCCAGGGCUUCGGCUUCACGCUGCGCCACUUCAUCGUGUACCCGCCGGAGUCCGCCCUGCACACCAGCCUCAAGGAUGAGGAGAACGGGAACGGGAAGGGCUACCAGCGAGGUCGGCUGGAGCCAAUGGACACCAUCUUUGUGAAGAACGUGCGAGAGAGAGGCCCCGCCCACCAAGCCGGCUUGUGCACAGGGGACCGGCUGGUGAAGGUCAACGGGGAAAGCGUUCUGGGAAAGACCUACUCCCAGGUGAUCGCCCUGAUCCAGAACAGUGAGAGUGUCCUGGAGCUCUCUAUCAUGCCAAAAGAUGAAGAUGUGCUGCAGCUGGUAAGUGCGUACUCCCAGGAUGCCUACCUGAAGGGCAAUGAGCCGUACACGGGCGGAGCCCAGAACCUUCCGGACCCGCCGCCCGCCUCCUACCCUCGCGGCAAGACCCAGCAGCCCCCCGCCGGGUCCCCUCCCAUGGGCCAGAACCAGCUGGACAACUGGGCCUGCGGGCCGUCCCCUCCGCUGGACAACCGCUCCGGCGCGGGCGGCGGCGGGGGCCGGCAGGAGGGGCGGGGCCCGGAGCCGGGGGCGGGCCCCGGCCCCGGAGCCGUCAGCCCCGCCCAGCACGGCGCGAGCGGGCCGCCGGCGCGGGGCCGCUCGUCGUCCUCGGGGUCGGCCCUGGCGAGCCCGCUGUACUUCCACUUCGCCAACCACAACGCCGCCAUCGCCUCGGCCUCGCAGCCCCACCCCCACCCCCGCGGCGCCGGCGGCGGAGGCCUGAGCAACAGCGAGCGCUGCCAGCAGGCCCUGACGGACUGGUACUACAGCCAGGUGCCCGAGCGCGCCGCCGUGUCCGCCAUGCCCCCGCGCCACCGCAGCUACUCGCAGGACCGGCUGGCCGAGCUGGGGUCGGGGCUGGGCCACCACCGGGCCGGCUGGCCCCACAGCGCCUCCCAGGACACCCUGCUGCUGCUGCAGCAGCCCGGCUCCGGCCCCCACGCCGACCCCUACUGGGGCUGGGGCGCCCCCUACGGGCAGCCCACGUGCCGGGCGCGCUCCGAGAACCUGCUGGCGGCCGCGUACGAGCGCUACGGCCGCUCCACGGAGGCGCUGGACCGGGCGGCGGUGCUGGUCUCGCCCCGGCUGGAGCGGCCGGCCUGGCUGCAGCAGGCCCCGCCCGGGGCCGAGGGCCAGCAGAGGCCCUCGGGGAACCACCGCGACGGCGCUGCGGCGCCCCCCGCUGGCCGGCAGACCCAGCAGCAGCAGCAGCAGCAGCAGCAGCAGGCGGCGGCGGGCCGCUCCCAGCCCGGCGGCCAGCCGCGCCGGCUCCCGCCGCAGACGAUGGACGACCAGCCGGUGGGCUACCGCAGCUACAGCCCGUCCUUCUACCGCAAGGCGGGCCGCCUGAUGCAGGCCCACUCCUUCAGGGACCCCGCCUACUCGGGGCCCCACUUCUCCUGGACGCCCACCCCCAAAACCAGCCCCCCGGACGGCGUCUCGCCCGCCCCGCCCCCGCCCGGCUCCUCGUCCCCGCCCGACCCCCGGGACGGGACGGACCGCGAGCGGGCGGGGCCGGGGCUGGAGGUGGGCGUGGCCCAGGCUCAGGAGGUGGUGCUGCGGCAGAAGCCGCCCACGGGGAGGCGGACCUCCCACGCCCUGCGCCACCCGCACUACGCGCUGCCCGUCGACGCCGCCGAGCCGCCCUGCUUCCCCGCCGAGCCCCGGGACGCCGCCGCCGCCGCGCCCGCCGCCCCGCCCCCGGGAGACGCCCCCGCCCGCCGAGCCAAUGGCAGCUUGCCUCCUCUCCCGGUGGAGGACGACUCGCUGGCCUCCAUCCCGUUCAUAGAUGAGCCGACGAGCCCGAGCGCCGACCUGCGUGCCCGCCACGUGCCCGCCUCCUCGGUGGUAUCCAGCGCCAUGAGCUCCGCGCCCGUCGUCACCACCAGCCCCGUCUCCCCCACCUUCACUUUCCCCCUCACACGGCUCUUCUCCCACGACUGCAGCAGUAUCAAGGCCAGCCGUCGCUCGUCCUACCUGCUGGCCAUCACCACGGAGCGCUCCAAGUCAUGUGACGAGGGCCUCAACACCUUCCGGGAGGAGGGUCGCGUCUUCUCGAGACUACCAAAAAGAGUUAAAAGCUUUUUCACUGAUGGGUCCCUGGACAGCCUGGGCUCCGCUGAGGAAGCCCGCUCCAAGCGCCACUCCACCUCGGAGCUGGGAAACAUCUCCUUCAGCGACGUGCGCAAGGAGGGCUGGCUGCACUACAAGCAGAUCCUCACCGAGAAGGGCAAGAAGGUGGGCGGCGGCAUCCGGCCGUGGAAGCACGUGUACUCGGUGCUGCGCUCGCACUCGCUCUUCCUCUACAAGGACAAGCGGGAGGCGGUCAUGCACAGCGCGGCGGCGGCCGGCAGCGGGGCCGGGGGGGCGGGCCACGGCGAGGACGAGCAGCCCAUCAGCAUCCGCGGCUGCCUGGUGGACAUCGCCUACAGCGAGACCAAGCGCAAGCACGCGCUGCGCCUGACCACGCAGGACUUCUGCGAGUACCUGCUGCAGGCCGAGGACCGCGACGACAUGCUCGGCUGGAUCAAGGUCAUCCGCGAGAACAGCAAGACCGACAGCGAGGAUCUGAGCUUCUCUCGGCAAGCACUUAUCAAUAAGAAGCUGAACGACUACAGGAAGCACAGUCCAACGGGCAGCAAGCCGGACGCCUCCCCCAGGGUCCCCCGCAUGAAGCCGCCGUUCCUCCUGGCCAAGAUGGAGAACGCCACGGGGGCUCCCCGCUCGCCCAAACCGGACGGCAAAGACGAGAGCAGCCCCCCCAAGUCGCCGUGGGGGAUCAACAUCAUGAAGAAGGCCAAGAAGUCCGGGCCCAAGGCCUUCGGGGUGCGACUGGAGGACUGCCAGCCAGGCAUCAACAACAAGUUCAUCCCCCUGAUAGUGGAGAUCUGCUGUGGGCUGGUGGAGGACAUGGGCCUGGAGUACACUGGGAUCUACAGAGUCCCCGGGAACAACGCCGUGGUGUCCAGCCUGCAGGACCAACUCAACAAGGGCGUCGAUAUCAACCCCACAGAAGAGAAAUGGCAGGAUCUGAAUGUUAUCAGUAGUUUGCUCAAGUCCUUCUUCAGGAAGCUUCCGGAACCCCUCUUCACGGAUGACAAGUAUAACGACUUCAUUGAUGCGAACCGCAUGGAGGACACGAAGGACAGGCUGAAGACCAUGAAGAAACUGAUCCACGACUUGCCGGAUCACUACUACCACACCUUGAAGUUCUUGGUGGGCCACUUGAAGACAGUAGCAGAUCAUGCAGAGAAGAAUAAGAUGGAGCCGCGUAACCUGGCCCUGGUUUUUGGCCCCACGCUGGUACGCACCUCGGAGGACAACAUGACCGACAUGGUGACCCACAUGCCCGACCGCUACAAAAUCGUGGAGACGCUCAUCCAGCACCAUGCCUGGUUUUUCAACGAGGGGUUGGACAAGGACGAGAAGACCCCGGUGGACACGGCGGACCUUCAGCCCGUCCCGAACAUCGACCACCUGCUGUCCAACAUCGGGAGGACGGGCGUGAUGGGGGAGGCCUCAGACUCAACCAACAGCGACUCAGCUAAAUCCAAGGGCUCAUGGGGGUCAAAGCGGGAUCUGAACGCCAAGGACUUCCUCUCGCUGUCCAUCAUAUCCGCCGUCACCCGCAAGCGCAAGAAGCGGCCCAACGCCCGCCUACUGGGCAGCAGCACGGACGAGGACUCGGAGCACGAGCCGGUCAAAGCCAACCGGGGGGGGCGGGGCCCCGAAACGCCCAAGCCGCAGGGGCCGGAGGGGGCAGGGGGAGGCGACACGGCACCCAGAGCGGAAGGCGAGGAGGACGAAGAGGAGGAGGAGGAGGAAGAGGAGGAAGACGGGAAAGGAAAAGGGGAGGAGGUGGAGGAGGAGGAGGAGGAGGAGGAGGAGCCCCCGGGGAGGCGGUGCGAGGAAGAGGAGGAGGUCGCGGCGGAGGACGGCGGGGUGGGGGCCAAGGCGCGGCCCUGGCGGGGCCCGGAGGACGCGCGCUCCAUCGUGUCGGGCUACUCCACGCUCUCCACGCUGGGCCGCAGCCUGGCCUCGGAGGGCCGCGGGGACGAGGCGGACGACGAGCACAGCGAGCUGGUGAGCGAGACGGACAACGAGAGCGGCUUCGCCUCGCGCUCCCUCACCCAGGAGCGGCCCGAGAAGCCGGCCCGCCCGCCGCGCAGCUUCCUGUACUCCCACGGCAAAGCGCCCGGCUCCGCCCCCGGCCCCGCCCCCAGCCCUGGCCCCGCCCCCGCGGCCCGGGGGCCUCCCCGCCGCACCUCGGACCCGGGCGACGGGAGGGAGGGCAGGGCGCGCUCGGCCACGCCCUCGUCCUCCUCCUUCUGCUCCUCCGCCGCCUCCUCCGCCCCGCACAGGCUCCACAGCCGGCCCUCCUUCAACUCCCACAAGCUGAUCCAGUGCGACACGCUGGCGCGCAAGAAGCUGAAGGGGGACAAGGCCAAGGCCCGCUCCCUGGACCUGGAGCUGCUGGCCCCCGCCUGCGUGGAGGAAGGGGCGGGGCCUCAGGCCGCCCGGGAGGCGGGCCCCGGCGCCAAGGCCUCGUCGAGCGGCAGCCAGGAGAGCGUGCGCCCGGCCCCGGCCCCGGCCCCGGCUCCGCCCCCCAACCCCGCCCCUGACUCCGCCCCCCACAGGGCGAACGAGGCGGCCUCCUUCUCCCCCGGCGGGGGCGGGCAGGCCUCGCUGGCGGAGCAGGUGAGGGCGCGGCUCCUGGGCUCGGCGGAGGACGUGCGGGGCGUGGGCCUGCGCAAGCCCGUCUCCCCGGAGACGCGGCGCAAGAAGAGGGCGUGGCGCAGGCACACCGUGGUCGUCGGCACGGUCGGGGCGGGAGACGUGGCCGACGCCCCCCCCGCGGACGACAUCGCCCCCGGCGACGAGCCCCUGAACGCGGACGCCGUCGCCCCCGUCGCGGACGGGCACGUCGGCGUCAAGCCCAAGGGGUCCCAUCGAGGUCACGAGCAGCACAGCGUUGGACAGUCCGUCCGCCUCGACCCGGAGCUCACCACCGGCCCGACACAGCGCGCUCCGGCUUCCAGGUUCCACCAGUACCUGUAGGGGGCGCCACCGAGCCGCGGAGAAUAAAAGAAAGACCAGGGUGUUAUCCCAGGCACGCUGGGCUCCUGUAUACCGGUGCCCCUGGACAAGCUCCAAUGAAACGGCUCUAAGAUAGCUGUAGCCCGUGACAGUAGGGGGCAGCAGAGAGGUGGCAGACAGAGAACAGGUGCAGUCGCUUUAGUUCCAACAACAGAGCUGCAAGCCUGUAAUUAUAACACCAAACGCUUCCAUCGCCUCAUUCCUAUUGGCCAUACUGGCCUGGCAGGAGCAGUGCAGUGUUGGCAAAGCCUCUGCAAACAGUCGAGUCCUGUAACCGGAUAUGAUAGCGGCGAGGCGCGCGUUGUAACGGCCUUGUCUUCUGGCCAAGUGUGUUUUUUGUUCACCCCUCCGGUGCUGGAGGAGGGCACGAGCGGCAGCCAGCGAGCCCAGCCAGGCAGAUCUUUCUGGGCCUACAGAGCGCCCUGUGGCUUAGCAGAGAAGUGACUGUGCUCUAUUACCAAGGUGAUUCAGUCACACUCGGGGGGCAACCGAGGACACACUACACACACACACACACACACACUCACAGACACACACACACAAACAAAGAGCAGCCCUGACAGUAUUACACACACACACACACACUGCUACAGCAGGAGCACAAUGUGAGGUGGGGGAAGAGCCCCAGUGGUAUUUGACCCCCUUGUUUCACGCGUGUUAGAAAGCCCUGACGCUUCUUUAUUUUUGAACAUUUUCGUUCUCCUCGUUGCUCUGACGGACUACGGAAGUUAGCUACUCGUUUGGCUUCUUCGCAAAAGUGCAGUGUGAGAGGCUUUGACCCAAGCUCCCCUGCUACCCCCCCCCCCCUCCUGCCCCCUCCCACCUGCGUGGCCCCCGUCUGACCGUCUGUCUCUCCGUCGUCCUGUCCGUACGUCCGUUCACGUAUGUGUGCAUUUGUGUGUCAGCAGGUGUGCCUGCGCACACGCAUGUGAGUUUGGUAUCGUGUUAAUCGAUUUUGUAACAUUUGUACAAAGCCUUGCUAAGUUAACCUCAGUGUAUAUAUUAUACAUAUAUAUAUUUCACUAUAAUAUUUGUUUUUGGAUUUUUUUGUUUUUCAUUGUUUACAAUGGUGCAUCCUGGUGCACAGUCAUUUCUUUUAUGCUGUUACUUGAAAUGUUACCCUAUCUAUGUUUUAAUUUGUUUUGUUUUAUAUAUUACAUUAAAUAUAUGUAUUUAUAUAUGUGUACAUAUAUGUGCACAUAUGUAUACAUAAUUUGAAAUAUAUUUUGUAAGAAAAAUAAGUACUUUUAUUGUGAAUUGAACUCUCGGGGUGUUCCUGUGUAAAACUAAAACAAAAAAAACUAAACUAAAUGAAAGACUGUUCCUUUUUUUCUUGUAACUCUUUUUCUCCUGGCUUCAGGUACUCUGCAGAAAUCUUUCCAUCUAUUUUUCUAACGCAAAUGCAUAUGGCAAACCAGCCCACUCGUGCAGUUCUGCAUUACAGUCCGUCAUAAAGAAACUGCUUCAUUUUCAAAUUUUGAACAUUUUAACCCACCCCGGGCAUGGAAAAAAUGGUCUUCCCCUAUAUUGGUAUGGGCUCUCCUGUCCUGCUACUUCUCGUAGUAGCUGACACAGUACUGGCCCCUACCUCACCCUUCCCCUGUCAUACAAGUCCCUGCGUUCGGUCAGCCUCCCAUAUAAGAGAAAAUCUGAUUAGCGAAAAACUUCAAAGUUUGUCUUACACUUGUGUCUCUCAGCAGUGUAGUAUUGGACGGGAUGUCUGUGGUGGAGCAGGGCGCUGGUGCACGCGCCUCAUUUAAAUGCAAACGCAGAGACGUGUAUUUAUGGCGUUCUGUUGGUGCGAGGCGUGAAGGCAGUGUUCAGUCCACUUUAAAGGCUUCCUCUGGUAGCCUGCCAAGGCCUGUCAGUUACUGCCACCAUUUUGAAUAGAACAGCUUGCCUGGGAAAAGCCCGAUCUGAGUCUAACUCUUAUUCCCAUAAUGCUGACAGCCAGGCCCCCCUCUCUAUCUAGACUUCAUCCUGCUCCCUUCCCCGGUGAAUUCCUUCAUUCCUGCAUGCCUGGGGCGAGGCGAGCGUCGGUUCAGAUUUUUACUGCGGGCCGGUUGUCCUGCUGGGGUUGCAUUUCAGCGACGUUGCGGUGUUUCGUGCUUUCUGAGAUCAGUGCGACUUCCAGCUCGCUAGCGCAGGCCAGCACAGCUGCUAGCCCGACAGCAUUUUUGCAAAUUGGCACUCCGGUUGUCUGCUGGUGGACAGGUGAUGCAAUGCAGUCGAGAUGAGGACCAGCUGUUGAAGAGGACGCAAAAAAAUUAGUCGUUGAACAAGCACGGCUGCCCGCGGACCACCGUAGCAUUGAUUUCUGAAAGGCUGGCAGAUCAGCAGCUGGCACGGUCCCACAGGCGCUUGCUUGUUGGGUGUAGUGAUGCUCAGCUACUACAGGAGCUGCAGGUUUGCUAAAUGCAUGGAAAUACUCUGAUGAGCGAACGAGCUGUCAGAUUUAAUUUAUGUGCAGCAUCAACGUUCCAGGAUGUUACUUUUCUGCGGAGAGUAGAGGUCUUUACACAGGGUAGCCAUUAAGAUCAUUGACAAAGACUUGCAAGACAGGGUACAGAUUGUGAGUCAGGCUAGAUCAUGUUCAAAAGUCAUUCAUGCAGAAAAAAGAGAUUUCCUCUUGGGACUUGCGCUGUAUUACCUUUACGAUGUGUUUAUCUCAUAUUUUCUCGGCAGUUGAGGGACUGUUAAUGAUCUUGAGCCGAAGGCCAACUGGCGUAUCGCCUCUUCUUGGGAUUGUGUUGUGGCUAAAGAGUGGAACUGUGGAAAAACGUAAGGUGAGGAAGAACUACUGCAGGCGUUGCUUUGGGAGAGGAAAGUGUAGGGUGAGGGUUGCAGGAAGGCUCGAGUUCUUGCUGGUCCGUUCCUGGUUACAGUGUCACCAUGGGUUGGGUCUGGAGUGGCGAUGAACUAUGCUGUCCAACCAAUGACUUCUCCAAAUGUGUCACUGCGGAAAUGCUUACAUCGUGGCAUCAGCCUUUUGGAACACUUACUCUGAGAACAGUGAACAGGGUUGGAAAUGGCCAUUUACACUAUAAAAAUCAGCCAAUCAGAUUGCAUACAGGUUAUUUUUUAUUUUGAAUUGUAAAAGAAUAAGCUUUCACCCUGGACCCAGGUUAUGACUUGGUGUCCCAAGUAUACAGGAUUUGCCUGUCUGGUUUGUCUACAUGCAGCUGUAGUCCUUAAGAUAACAUUCGCCCACAGGCCUCUUACAGAUGGAAGGGAGAGCCUGUAUGUGGUAGUGCAGGUUCCUGAAACCCAUCGGGGAGGCCAGGCUCGAUCCCUUGGUGUUAGUCGUCCAUAGAAAGGGCCAGAAGUUGUCAGCCAUUUCCCCCAAAUAUUCACUGCAGUGAACAUCAGAGAAGUUCCACUUCUUUUUGAUUUUAAUAAGUUCCAUAAUUUUCUGUCUUUGUGCAUUUGCUUUUUCUUAAAAUGUCCGUAGGAAGUGCCUCAUUUCUGGAGUGUGUCAUCUCUUGCCAUAGUUGGGGUUUUUCCAUUUAUCUCGUUCUUCCUUGUUUGUUACCACAUUAUUUUAGGCUAUUUUGAUUUUAGUUACUUUUCUUUUCACAUCCUCAUUAUCUGCUGUAGUCUCCAAGGUCGAUGAAAAGUAUGACAAGGCUUAUCUCUGGAUGGCUGGAAAAGCUCCAGUCAAGAAGACGUCUAUGCACAUCCUGUUCUACCUUUGGGAACACAUGUAGUAAAAAGCAAAUGUAAUGGCUGCAAAAUUCAUAUGAAGCAUUAGUCGGUUUAUUUCAAUUUCCUUUUCAUUUUUAGGCAAACCACUUCCCAUAUUGUUUGUUUUCUGCUGGAAACUGAGGAUUCCUGGUUCACGGAAACCGUAGAUAGUAUUAAAAAGAAAAUGGUGGUACUCUGUCUUUCCAUUCCAUAAGGAUUGAUGCACAAUGUUGUGGCAGAUUGUCAGCUUUCCAAAAAAUAACAAGAAACCAAUUCUAAUCAUUCCUACAGAGGCCUUGAAGUAAAACUUUCGAAACUCAAACAAGAAUUUCCACAGAGAUUCAUGUGCGUGCUCUAAAUGUAUGUAUCGACAUUUUAAAAUGUAUGCAAAUAAUUGCUGUAUAGUUUGAGAUUUUUUGUACAUAUUGUCUUUGAAUGUGUAACAUAUUGUGUAAAGAAUAUUUUGGAUUGUUCUCAGAAAACUGUUGCUAAUAUGAAAACAGCCUGACAUAACAAAGGCAGCAUGCAUGAGACCAGUCCCUUUAAUUUUUACAUGGUUCAGUGCUUUAAAACAAUGCAACCCCUGAAACAAGGUCUAUAUAUGUCGGAAAUAAAUGGAAUUCUGUACAAAAAAUAACAA